GCCUAGAGAUAUUUUGUGCAAAGGAGCUUGGUUAUGAAGAUAUUUUUUGUCCGGCAAUUGCAAUCUCUUGGGUCUUAAUUACAAGCUGGUCUGGUCUCUCACAAAUCCCAGUUCAUCAUAUCAAUUGUUAAUUUCCCCAACAACCAUAUCCAAUGGAAUCCUCUGCAGCAGUUCAACCAGUGUCUCAGCUCUCUUUUCUCUUCCCAACCAAACCAAACACCAAAAGAAACACAUUUUAUCCUUCUUCUUGGCCAUCCAAACCAAGAACCUCUCGACCCACUCGCUUACACUGCCAAAAGAUGUAUGUCCCUGGAUUUGGAGAAGCAUCACCAGAAGCAAAAGCAGCGAAAAACCUCCACAGUUUUUUCACUUACAUUGCUGUCAGGAUUGUCCUUGCACAGCUUGAGAGUUACAACCCGGAGGCUUAUGAAGAGCUGAUGGAGUUUAUAGGAAGGCACUCAUUGAAUGAUGGGGACAAGUUCUGUGCCAAUUUGAUGAGAGAAUCUUCAAGGCAUAAGGGUCUAGCUUUACGGAUUAUAGAGGUUCGAUCUGCAUAUUGUAAAAAUGAUUUUGAGUGGGACAACUUAAAGCGAUUAGCUAUCAAGAUGGUCGAUGAAGGCAACACGAAACUCAUGAGGGAAUAUGUCUUGGAAACAAGCAAAGUGGAAAGUGAGAAAUGAUAAAUCUAAGCAAUUGUAUACUAUAGUUUCAAAAAAAUAAAAUAUAAAAAAAGCCAUGUGUACUACAAAAGUAUUAUAUAUAGUGAACAGAAACCCAUCAUUAUGGUCGAUUGGUUUUCUUUCACAAUAUAACUUGGGAAUAGCAAAGGUUGAUUUGGGCCCCUACACCUUUGACCA